CCCUCAAACAUCUCAAUUGACAGCGUCAAAGACGUCUACCUCCUCUUCAUCCCUCAAUUCGCAUCAUCCACCUGUCGGCUUGCACUCUGAAGCCGUCAAUUCCAUCUGAAUCACACACACUUGUCUCUCUCCCACACAGAACACCUCCCCCGCAUUCACAAUGGCUGCGAAUAAGACUUCAGCUAUUGCUGACCAGGAACCCCUCGACGUUCUCUUUGCUCUGCAUCCCAAGUUUGAUAUGCUUGACUUUGCAGGCCCAUUGGCUGUCUUUGCCCAGGCGCAGCAUGACUUUGCUGAUGAUUCCACCAAAGCAUUUGAGAUAACUCUGGCUGGCAGUGAGCCCCAGGUCCUCUCUACCCAAGGCGCCAUUGUGCAAUCCCAAAUCACCUUCCGAGAGGCCCAUGAACGCCUUGAUGACUUUGACGUUCUCGUCAUCCUCGGCGGAAACGUCGAUGAGAUCAUCCAAAAGGAACUUGAGCCACUUGGCCUCAUCACCGCCUUUUCCGACCUUCAGAAGAAGGAUCCGGCCAGAGAACGAACCGUCCUGUCCGUCUGCACCGGCUCACACCUGCUCGCCCGAGAGGGUAUCCUCUGUGGCCUCUCUGCCACCACCCACCCCGACCACUUUACCAAAUUUGAGAACCUCUGCAGCGAUGCUGCUACCCGACUCUUGACUGAGCGUACCGACGUCAUCGAGGAUGCCCGAUAUGUCGUCAACAACCUUCGCUUUGAGCUCACUGAAGACGAAAGCCCAUACACCCGCCGCGCGUCCGAUGCUGGACGACCUCACGGCCGAAAGGGAAGCAUCUCCUUCAAGCAAUCCAACACACGUCGCGAGUCCAUCGUGAGACGUGCGGCGAUGCGCCUCGGUGGUCUUCGGGUGGUGACCGCGGGGGGUCAGAGCGCUGGCGUGGAUGCGGCUUUGUAUCUCGUCAGCGCCCUGGUGGAUGAUAAAUGUGCAGACGAGGUGACCAGGCUCCUUCAGUGGAACUGGAGCAAGGGAGUCGUCGUUGACGGCCUCGACGUGUAAAUGGCAGCAAUACAGACGCCAUAUAAUCGCCAGCGGAAGCUUGGCUGUGUAGUAAAUCUUGCGGGUCGAUGUUAUAGCAUCCGCCGUGUUCAUCGAAGAACUAGCUGUAGUAUUAUGAUAUGAAUGGAAUGAAUCUGGAACUCAGUUUUUUUUACUACUAUUGUUUAACCUUUUACUGC